CCAGUCCAGACUCCGAGUCUCAGGGCUGGGUGGAAAGUUGGAAACUGGAAAGCCAGACUCAGUCGAGUCAGUGCAUACUUGGCUUGAUUGUUGAGCACAGGCACACCACUACGGCACUAGAGCAACAGCCAGGUGUUGUCAUCAUGGUCAUGCAUGCAGCCGUCUCAACACAUUUGAUCUGGGAAUGAGAUGAGUUGAUCUACCCGGCGUCAAUCAACCACAAUGCACAGUGCAUUUUGCCCUUGAUACAGUAGUACAUGUACAAUAUUUGGGUAGCCGUCUUUGAUUUGUCAAACAGUUUGCUCCGUAUUUGAACAUCAAGUGGCCAGUCCGGCUCCCCUGAUAUAGAUACACCUUGGCUUCGAAGCAACGUUCCGGCGCAGGGUCAAGGUCAGCUCAAUGAAACCACGGAACUAUUAUACUUGAGAAGGUCCGCGCUAAACUGGGAAGGUAGAUGUGCAAGGGUGAGAAGAGCAAGAAUGCAUCCAAAUCGUUGAUUCAGAAAUAGUUCGGAUUGAUCAAUCAGUGAAAGCUUCAAGGCUACAAGUCCUGAUCUUAGAUAGACCUUGUUUUAGCAAAACCAUGGCUUCCAGGCCUCCCUCUCGUCCGGGGAGCGCGCUGGCACGGAAAUCCUCGAAAGGUCAAGCGGUCUCGCCGGGAGCAGCGGCAGCCGAAGCCAAGGCCAAUGCCCGAAAAGAGAUGGAGCGUAGAGCGGCUGCAGCCGUUCUAGCUGCAAAGGAGGCGUCGAUCUUCUUCGAGCGCUAUGAAAAGGCUGAGCUGCAGGAGGCACUGACACGUCGCUCGACGGACUGGCUGUUGAGCAUUUGGGAUGGCAGCUGCAAACAUUCCACAGAAAUGUCGGAUGGUCUUGCUCCUGGCUUGCCCAAACCGGACACACAGAAAAGCCUGCAGUCCAUGAGUGUGAGCAGCAUGCAGGCUUUGCCCAACCCUUGCAGCGUCCUGCUGAUCGAGCACUCUCCCAACUGGGAGCCACUGAAGCUGCGCGAGCUGCAGCAACUCAUUCGCGAGCUCGUCGUGGGCAUAUACGUGUUCAACCAGCUGCCAUGUGUUCAGUUCGAUGCCCUACCCAAUGGGUGUACCAGUGUUAGCAUGCCACAUGCUUACCAGGACACUCGACUAGGUCAGAUCAUGAUCGAGGUGUCCUACCAUCUGCAGUGCUUCCUGUACGGCACACACUUCUCUGGCGAUAAGCGAAGCAAGUUUGUGGAGAAGUGGCAGGAGUUGGUGAACCAGCGAUCGGACAUAACGACUAGCGGCCACAGCUUGACGGCAAAGGAGAAGCAAAAGGUGGCGGAGGUGGCAGCCGAGUUUGAAAUGGAAACACUGGCCGAAAACCCGGCAUUCGUUGCCGGCUAUCAAAGGCCAGUAUUCAAUAACCUACAGCGCUAUGUUGGCCACACACAUGAUGUGGCUGCCGUGGAGACACAAGCCCAGCUGAGCGCCGUCAGUGGCAAGCAUGUAUGGAAAGAGGCAGUGAGCAGCUCUUCACUGCAGCUGCUGCUCGUGCCCAAGCCUGUCAAGGCCUAUCGGACAAUGAUCAAGGUGGAUGCGGACUGGACGGUGAACAGUUCUGUCAGAUUACCCUCGGCAGGUAUUAGUGCUGAGAAGCGUGCACAGUUGCAGGCUCUUUUGCAGGAGCAGCGCGGCUUCGCCAUCAAGCAGCUCACGUGCCAUCCCAACCUGCGCGUACAGCUGAGAAUGCUGCGCUUUGCCACGUGCGUGGCCAUGUGGCUGACCAGCCUGCGCAAGCAGUUCUUUGUGCCCGAUGUCGACACUUUCCUGCCGGCAUUGCCCAACGAGCAUCUUAUAACGGACCGCGAGCUACCGCCCAUAUUUGUCAACAAGCCAGCACCGUGUGCACCUAUAUCAUCACGUACUCAGUACGUCACUGCCAGCGGUGGAGGUCUCGGAAUCAGAAAGGCGGCGCUGACUGCAGCAGAGCUGGAAAGGCCAAUAGCCGCCGCGCACGACUACGUUCACGAACUCGCCCGAGAGUGUCGUACGGAGGAGCUGUUUGAGUCUUCACCGACCCCACUCGGUGGCAAACAGUACUAUGUGAUGGGUGUCAUGCUGGAGAAGUACUAUCCAACAUCACCCAAGGUACCUCGUUGGAUACACGCUCUGUACAAUGAAAUGAACAUUUUGGUGACCAGGGUCGGCAUGGUAACAGAGCAGCGUGCACAAGACCAGUUUCGCCGUCACUAUGGAGACAAGAAAGCUGGGAAGCUAAAGCAGAUCAGCUUGGGACUGGUAGCGUCGGCACAGCGAGGACUAGCGGCUGUCUUUGAGUCAUUCUCCAAGCGGUGUGCGGAAAGCCGUGUGAAACAAGUGGAUCCAGUGUCAGGUCUCAGCCUGCUGCACCAUGCUGCUCUCAAUGACAGGGCCAACAUCAUUUCCAUACUGCUUCGAAUGCAAUGUGAUAUUGAUCAGGUGUCCGAAGAAGAGAGUGGCAGCCAAGGAAGCACGGCAUUGCACUACUCUGCUCAGUGCGGCCAUCUGGACACCGUGUCGGCACUGUUGAUGCACGGCGCACGGCCCCGGCUGUUCAACUCCAAUGGCUUCGCUUCGAUACACCUGGCUGCGAUGGCCAAUUCCAGUCACUGCGUGGAGCUGCUGUUCCAGCGAGACAACAACUUGCUUGAACUGACCACACAGGAUGGUACAAACUCCACGCCACUGCUCUUGGCUGUGGAGAAUGGAUGUUUGGACACAGUGAAGCUACUGAUGACGCUCGGUUCCGACGCACAGGCGACAAACUCCAGCAGACAGAACGCUGUUCAUCUGGCGGCUCGCCACCGCCGCAUUUGCAUCAUCAAGUUCUUCACGGAGGAUGAGCAGUGCAGAGAGGCAUUCAACACCUGGGACAUUCUGUCGCAAAUGCUUUCAGCAAAGCCUGAUGGUGAUGAGCCCAGUUGGGCCCUCUCUGUACUGGUUCCUCUAGCUGUUGUCAGCACCGGCAAUCUCAAGCACAUUGUUGAAGCUGGACUGAUCGCCGUGCUCAUUAAACUGAUGAGAUCGGCGCAGACCGCGGAGCAGGCCAUUCGCACUGUACGGCUCAUUGGCACGAACGAGGAGGUGCAGAAGGCGUUUGUGGAUGGCGGAGGGAUUCCCGUGCUGGUGGCACUGCUGUCCAAGGUUGCACCCGCCACUAACUGCCACGCAGCUGUCUUGAUGGCUGACCUCUUAGAAACGGAUAGACAACGACAGGCUGCCGUAGCACAGGCAAAGGCAUUGCCAGCACUUGUGCAACUGCUUGACUCUUCGGAAGAGCACAUCUUGCUGUGUGUACUGAGCGCACUGGCGCUGGCAGUGGCCGAGGAGAACUCUGCCAAUCAGGCGGAGGUAUGCGACUGUGGUGGAUUCCCGAAGAUUGUCGCCCUGCUGAGUGAGAACCAUGAUGCUGCCUCGCACCGGCUCUUUCGCGCUGCAUCAAAGCUCAUUGUCUGUCUGUGCACUGGCUGUCCCAGCAACCAGUUGGCACUGGUUGAAGCCGGCGGGACUGUGCCACUGCUAAACCUUGUCCAGUACGAGGAGCAUGUUGAUGUGCAGACAUCCGCAGCAUCAGCAAUCCGGUCUGUUGCGCUGAACAACGACAGUACCCAGCAGGCGGUGCGCGAUGCCGGUGGAGUCGAGCCUCUGAAGAGGCUGAUGAAGAAUCGCAACAUCGAAGUCAAAGUGUUUGCGGCCACGGCAGUUUGGGCUGUUGCCGGGCGGAAGCUAAUGUUCCGGCAACUAGUCGCCUCUCAGAUUGGCAUUGAUCAGCUGAUCACUCUCUGUGAGCUGCAAAACGAGGCACUGGAGAUUGUGGGAACUGAGGCUCUGUGCUCCCUGGCGCACGGUGCAAAGGCCAAUCAAGAAGCCAUUGCCGCAGCAGGUGGCGUUUUGCCUGUAGUGCGAUUGCUGCGGUCAAUAGCCAACAGCACCGAGCCGGUUCUUCUGCGUGCAGUGGAGACCAUCGGUAUUCUAUGCAUCGGACCAGCCAUGUGCCCGAACACAAGCAUCCAGGAGGCAGUCUCCAAGGCAAGCGGUCUGGACGUGCUCGUGCAGAUAGCCAACCGGCCGACGGCCUCCCAGCUGCUGCGGGCCAAGUCCAUCUGGGCACUGGCGUGCGUUACGCUGAAGAACACACAUAGUUGUCGGAUCCUUGCCAUGUCCAGCUUUCGUCUUGAUGUUCUACUGACGAUGUGGCACUACGCUAGUGUUGCGCAUCGCAAGAAGCUGAAGGGAGUGAGCGUGAGUCCACGCAAGAGAAAGACCGGUGCGGUGCAGGCACCGACGUCCGAUGGCGUGCAGGAACAGGCGAGCGCGGAGAGGAGCGGUGACAAGAUGACGGAAGACGUGCACCUGUACUGCGGCCGUGCUUUGAUCACGUUUGCGUUCGGCAACACGCACAUCCAGAAGAGUUUGGCCGAGCUGGGUGGCUUGAAUUACAGAGACUUCAAGCCUUUCAUGGACUCGGCUGAUCCAUCCUUGCAAGCCUACUUUGAUCUUCAGGUGGUGGUGGUAUCUCCGAUACUGCACGGAGCAGAUCAAGUCAGCCUGGCCGUGGAGGCCAUACGGCACCUGGUUGAUCUCCUGGAUGAUGAGAAUGACGAGGUUCAGAUGCUCGCCGCCGAUUGCCUAGCCAGUCUUGUGCACACACGUGCUGGCAUACCGGCCACUGUAGUCAAGGCUGGAGGAGUUGACGCCUUGCUGAAAAACCUGACUUCGCCGAUAGUUUCGGUUCUGGAUAGCGCAGCAGCGGCUCUGGGCUAUCUGUCGUUUGAUCCGCUGGCACGGCGUGUGCUACUCAAGGCGUGCCGCGACAUGCCCUUCCUGGUCGGGAAACUCUUCACACGCGCGGCCAAGAUCAGCCAGGAGUUCCUUGACGUCUGGGAUGAUGCAAAGCAUGUGGGCAUACCCACACUCAGCCUCGAGGCGAAUGGAGGAGUGCCACUGGUAUACAAAAGUCAUGAUCCGCAGCCAGAUUUCAACCGGAAGUCAAAGUUGGAGACCCAAGUGUAUUCACCAUCGCCUGGUGCUCAAGGCGUGUCGCAGGGCAGCAUGAGACCCAUGCGUCGGGCUGGCACUGGCCCGGAGCCAUCGCCCUGGUACAAGGCGAUGCAGCGCACUGCCGAGCGUGCCAGGGGCAUGGUGUACGACAGCCGCACCGGCAACACUGCUCAUCUUACGCACUCUGUAUCGCCAGGCAAUGGCAGCAUGACAGGCUGGAGGCUGAAGUAGAUACGGCACAAUGCACUUGGAUACAGCAUUGCCACGCGUGGAUCUGAAGGAAUCGCCACAGAAGAUAGUUUGAAUACAUCAGUGUAGCGAAAGGGUAUGUCUUGAAUCAUUUUACUGUGCCCACUGACGUUGAAUUACCGGCUGUGAAACUCACUUAGAUGUAGAUGAUGCUUCCAUCGUUUCACAUACUAUUCGAUGUGCACCAAUUUCCCACUCAUGUCACAGUGCAUGUGCUUGAAUUGGCUGACAGGCUAAACCUUCCACUCAGAGCACUAGGCAACUUGAAAAUUAUUUGUUUAUGCUUGAUCGGUUUUGAAACUCAAUUUUUUAUUCACUUGAAAUCAUUUGAGACAUCUCACAUUAGUGCGAGGGAUUAUCAACAGGUGUUUUCAGAUAAAUGCAUUGGUUACAGAAAGAAAUCUCAACCGUAUACAAUGCACUCUUGACAGCCCUGCUACUGUUUCGCUUGUUCAGCUGCAAUAUUCUCAUUACAUUUUAAAAUGUAUUCAACUCGA